AUGCCGCGAGUGUAUUACUACCGCCUUCGGCAGCAGCCGGCUUCUGCCCUCGUAGAUGCGGCAGAUUCGGGCCUCCACUACCGCGGCCAACAGGGGAAGAAUGGUGAAUGUGAAGAGGGUGCCGGUGUCUAUGGACACGCUACCGAGGAGAUCCCCAACCAAAAUCAGGUCUUCUCCCUCGAAAACGAAGAAUCAGACGACUUCCUCGAGGAGGAGCUGCCCCACAAAAAGUAUGUCGAGGAGAAGGAGCGAACGCAGCUUGGUGAGGAGCUCAGCCAGACAACGAGCUCGGUAGGCGAGUGGCUGCAGCAGGCGUGGACCCUGCUGCUCACCAUCGCCUACCUGCUCAUCGCUACUGGCACCUUCGUUCGAAAGCUCUGGACCACGAAAACGUACCGGUAUGGGCUGCUCGUAGCGCUGCUCGUGGCACUGUUCCUCUACUUCUAUCAGCCCACGCCCACCGUCGUGGAGGUUCCUGUCGCAAAGCCUGGCGUCGUGGUGAUGCCUGGCGGCACGACUACUGUAGUUUACGAUGACCGGCUCCCUCUCAACGUCGAGGUUUUUGUCAAGCGACUCGUCGAGCAACAGCUGGCUAAGAAACAGGACGACACUCUCUCCCGCGUCAUGCAGAAGCUCGCAGCCGACAAAGAGGAACUCAAGCGGAGGAGCAAGGAGGAGCUCCUCCAUUACCUCGAUGACAAGCUAGGCAAGAUGGACGCUAUGAUCCGUGCCCACCUCGACACGCCCGCUACCAUCAAUGACUCCGUCUCUAAGGAACUGAAAGAGCUCGAGGCCAAAGUCGGGUCGGAGCUGCAGCACCUCAACGAGAAGCUCAGCAAGAUGGACGUCACGGUCCGUUCGCGCCUCAACGCGCCUGCCACCACCGCCACCGCUGCAGCCCCCAUCGCCGCUGUGGUCGACGGCUCAGUAUCCCAGGAACUGAAAGAGCUCGAGGCCCGAGUGGAGUCGGAGCUACUGCGCCUGACGCGCGAGAUGAAGAGUGGCAACGAUGGAUCGGCGGAGGCCAAGCGAAGCCUCCAGGCCCAACUCGACGCCCUUCAGCGCCGCGUUAGCGAGCUCACCGAGUCGGUUGACAGCAAGAUCGAGGCAGCUCGGCUGUCGCAGGAGCAGGCCUCUGUGGCUCUGAGCGAUGAACAGCUGCGCGAAGUGGUGCGUCUCGUCAACGCGAACCAGCGCGCCGUGGGCGCUCAGUCGCUCGGCGAGGACCAGGUGCGCGAGCUUAUCCAGAAGGAGCUCGAGGUGUUUGCUGCCGACCGGCUCAACAUGUCCGACUGGGCGCUAGGCGCCGCUGGCGCACGCAUCCUCCACGCCUACACCUCUGACCGCUACGGCAGCUCCCUCCUCGGACACCUUCUUGGCCAAGUUGGCGAGCCUCCUUCGGCUCUCCUGACGCCGAGCCUGGUGAUGGGCCACUGCUGGGCGUUCCCGGGAGAGCAGGGCAAUGCCACCAUCCAGCUGCCUCGCCGCAUCAAGCCCACCGCCUUUUCUCUCGACCACGUCUCCCGCGGCGUGGCUCGCGACUUUAGGAGUGCGCCGCAGCACUUCAAAGUCUGGGGCUACACCGACAAGGCGGCGGUUGCGGACGAGAGCAAGAGUGUCCUGCUGGGCGAGUACCGCUACGACAUCUACGGGACUCAGGUGCAGACCUUCGCCGUGCAGCCCGACGCGCAACUCGACGCGGAGCAGAGCUUCAGCGUGAUCAAGCUCGCUGUCUCCUCCAACUACGGCCACGAGGACUUCACCUGUGUCUACCGCUUCCGAGUCCACGGCGACGCCGUCUAG